UAAAGAUGCAUUUGCACUGAUCAUAAGAACAAACGAUGAAUUGAAAGAACGAGUAUGCAAAUUUAUAUUAUUGUCAGAGAAAAUGAACAAAAAUGAUUUUCUAUACUUAUUAUGUCGUUGCAUGGCGAAUGUACAUUGUCGGGCAGAUUCCGAAAAUCUGAUGGUCAAACUGAAUCGGGAACAACUUCCCGCCAACGUCAGCGAAACCGGCAACACGUUCAGCAGAGCCAUCAAACUAGCCUCAAAAACAAAAAGUAAGCUGGGAAGAGCCCUGUCCAUGAAGAAGACUCCCACCAAGCGGGGCCUCAGCAGGGCCAUGUCCACCAUCAUCAGCCCCCUGCGGACCACCAAGUCUCCCUCUUCCACCCUCGGACGUCUCCACCUUCCCUCCCUGGCCGACCUGACGGAUCCCUCGGUGUCCGGCAAAGUGCCCAAGGCCGGCGCCAAGAUCAAGAGCAGCUCCCUGGGCCCUUCCUCUUCCAAAUACAUUUGAGUUUAUCGUUCCCAUCGUCGUUAUUUUUACGUUAUCGUACUUUUGUACAACGUUUUUUAAAUUAUUAAUCCGUGUAAAUUGAAUUUUAUAACGUGUAGGAGGAGAGAUUUUUAUAUAAAAAUGCGCACUAGUUGCUGUAGAUACAUCACACCCGUAUACCGUAUACACACACCAUCGUAUAAAUAAAUAUAUAUAUAUAUACACACACACACCCUUAAAUAUUCUUAAUAAAUAACGAGACUAAUUAAUUAACAUUCUGCACCCUUAAAAUAAUUAAACGAGACAAAAAGAAUCGAUGUUAUCGUGAGUGUCGCGGCGACACUUAUUUGUAUUUAUUCUUGUUAAUAUUAGAAAAUUGUGGAGUGAAUUUCUCUCUUAUAAAGAAAAAAAAAAAGAAAUAAUAAUAAUAAAAAAAAAUUGUUGCGCCGGUUUUUUUCCCCGGCAGAGAGACGAUUUCUAAUAAAUGAUUAUUUUAUUAUUAUUAUUUAAAGGAUUGGGCCGAGAGGUUUAAAUUAAUUUAAGAAUUUAACGUAUUAAGCGUAAUUGGAAUUAAGGAGAGAUGCGGAGGAGGCAGUGGUCGGGCGACGCGACGAGGCGCUGCGAAUCGUCCGCCAUGACGCGCAAGCAGUAGGUAGGUGCGAUGCGGAGGAUGCCGGACAGAGCAUGGAUUUCCGGUGGAGCAGCCGCCGCCGCAUCGUAAUGUCGUCUUCCAGGCCGUUCCAUCGACACGGAUGCGAAUUCUGGGGUGAAAAUCGUCCGCUUCCGGACGGCGCGUGGUAAUCGACGGAAGGAUGAGGAAGAUUCCGGUGCUGAGACACGGGCGGGACGUCAGCAAGCUGGUGAAGUACACGCCGUGCAGCAGCAAGCAGGAGUCGCAGGGCGACGACGACCGCGACGAAAUAGCCGUGGUCAGCAACGCCGCGCCCGAAAACGUCACUUACGGCAGCGGGGGGUUGACGGCCAACGGGCCACGUCUGGUGCCGGGCAUCAUCACCUCGUCGGGGGACGAGCGCUCGUGCCUGGUGGACGGCAAGAACAAUGCCAGGAUUUACACGUCGCUGUCGCUGUACUCGGCGCUGAGCGGAGACAACGUCAAGAAGUCGGGGUCCAGACAGUCGCUGCUGGAGACCAUCACCAAGAGGUUCUACGGCGGCGAGGCCAAGCCCCAGGCGCUGGAGUCCAUGGCCUACGUCAACAGGGCCCACGUGGGCUCGGACCUGGAGAUCCCUCGAAAGACGCGAGAGUUGAGGAGGAAAGAGAUCAAACGGGAGUUCGAGAAGUGGGAGACGUCGACGUCCGGCAGCGACGGGCCCGCCUGCAAUUGGACGUUCGUCUUCGACCCUUCCGGUCGCCUGUGUUACUAUUGGUCGAUGGUGGUCAGCGUGGCUUUCCUGUACAACUUCUGGGCCAUGAUCUACAGGUUCGCCUUUCGGGAGAUCAACGAGGACAACGUGGUGGGUUGGUUCACCCUGGAUUAUUUCGCCGACUUCCUAUACGUUCUGGACGUGGUCUUUCACUUCCGCACCGGAUACUUGGAAGAGGGGGUGCUGCAGACCGAGUCGGUCAAACUCAGACAGCACUACAUGAACUCCACCACCUUCUACAUCGAUUGUCUGUGUCUUCUGCCUCUCGACUUCCUCUAUCUGUCCAUCGGAUUCAACUCGAUCCUUCGCUGCUUUCGCCUGGUCAAGAUCUACAAGUUUUGGGCCUUCCUCGACAGAACCGAACGACACACCAAUUAUCCCAACGUCUUUCGCGGUCUUUCGCUCGUUCACUAUCUCCUGGUGAUAUUUCAUUGGAAUGCUUGUUUCUUCCAAAUAAUUUCUAAGAACGGUGGGUUCGGAUCGCGCGACUGGUUUAGUCCUCGUGACGACGGAUGUAACGACGUCACGUGCGAAUACCUCCAUGCCUUCUACUGGAGCACCUUAGCUCUCUCCACCAUAGGUGACUUACCGGGACCGAGGACUAAAGGUGAAUACGUGUUUCUCGUCUUGGAACUCAUACUCGGUUUGCUAUUGUUCUCUGCCGUUUUGGGACACGUGGCCAACAUCGUCACCAACGUCAGUGCCGCCAGGAAAGAGUUUCAAGCAAAGUUAGACGCAGUAAAGACUUACAUGAGGAUGAGAAGAGUGAGCGAUCGCAUCCAGAACAAGGUGAUUCGUUGGUUCGACUACCUGUGGAUGACGCAGAAGUGCUCCGACGAAGAGAGGUCCGUGGGUUGUCUACCCGACAAGCUGAAGGCGGAAAUUGCCAUCCACGUCCAUCUCGACACUCUAAGAAGGGUAGAAAUCUUCCAGAAUACAGAGGCGGGCUUUCUUUGCGAACUCGUACUCAGACUGAGACCGGUUCUGUUCAGUCCGGGGGAUUACAUUUGCAGAAAGGGAGAAGUAGGCAAAGAGAUGUAUAUAGUUAACCGAGGGAGACUCCAAGUCGUUGCAGACAACGGAAGGACGGUUCUCGCCACUCUUCGAGCAGGAAGCUAUUUUGGAGAGAUUAGCAUUCUCAACAUGGGCACGGCCGGUAACAGAAGGACCGCUUCUGUCAGAUCCGUCGGCUAUUCCGAUUUGUUUUGUCUCUACAAGCACGACAUGUGGGAAGUUCUCAAGUAUUAUCCGGCGGCACGCGUUCGACUGGAAGCCAUCGCCGUCAAGAGACUAGAGAAAUACAAAAAGGAACCGCUCAGGAAGAUCGCCAUGGGAAGAUGCCGUAGCACCCCGGGAUUAGUAGAAUCCAGAGGGAAAGUUCCGUUGGAAGAGAUGGAAAUUGCGGGACAAAGGAGCAGCAGAAUGUCGGAAGGGGACAAAUCGAGCCCUCUACGGGAUCAGACCAGUCUGAGCAGCAUGGAGAGCCACCAGGAAACCAAAACCGAUCAACACGAACCCCUGUCCGCCACACCGCACGUAAUGUACACGCCGUAUUCGGACAGUCUGCACUCGUACGCCACGGAUCUGUCGACGGAACAGCCCAAGACCACGGUGACGUCGCUGUCUCAGAUGAACUUGUUGUCUUACACGCGUUUCUCCUUCCCCUCUCCCACCCCCACCGACGGCACGCGAGAGGCUCUACUGGCGGAAAUCAAGCGACUCAGAGAGAGAUUGGUCAUACUUGAAGCCGAAAACGCCACAAUGAGCAUGAAACUGAACCAACAACAGUGGGAGGUGGAGAACCGUCUGGCAGAAAUCGAGAUGCACAUCUGCGGCGGAAACAGCGGCACCACCACCACCAGCAGCGACAGCCCCGACAUAAACGAAAGGAACCAAGAAUCCAUCAUAUGAAUUCUUACUGUACAGCCAGAAAUACAUAAUAUAUAAAAAAGGAAACCAAAAGAAAAUACCCCUUAAUAUUUCUAACAAAAACCUGAGAAGAAAACACAAGUUGUACAAAGUUGUCCUUCCCGAACGUAUACGUCACAGUAUUUUGAAUUUUGCUAAAUUCGAUGUAUCGGUACCUCGGUCGAACCUGCAGAAUGCUUGAUCGGUGCUUUGUCAUAUUGGUUUAGACUUUAUCGUAUUUUAAAAAUAUGUUUUUUUUUUUUUUUUUUUUCUUUGAUACAAUUCACUGUAAAUACGCUUGUUUCUAACGGAUCGUUUCUGUCUCGGUAGUGCCAUAAGUUCCACUCAAAGAAAGAAAGAAAAAAAAAACAAAAUGGCGGCUCGGCGGAGGUGCCGAGUGUCGUUUGGUGUAUUUUAAACACGGAGAAAGAGAAAAACCGGACGUUUUAAAAAUAGUUUUCUACCCGUCUGUCUGUCCCUAAGAACUAUAUAAAACUUUUCCAAAUAUAAAAAUAAAGGAUACGUAGGGAACAACUUUUACAAAUCUUAUAAUAAAUUUAAACCCAACGGGGGGGGGGGAAAUAGUUUUUCUAUGAUUAACUUUCGAAUAUUUAAAAAAACAAAUUAAUUUUUUAAGUAAGUAGAAUUAGUGGUAGACAUUUAAAACGAAAAACAAAAUAAUAAUAAUAAUAAUAAUAAUUGUUUCUAAAUAUUUAUAAUUGAUAUUCUUAAAUUCCCACUUUUUAAUAUUUUUCCAGUCGUUAAAAAUUAAUCUUUAGAACUUCUAUAUUUAGAAAAAAAAAAACUAUUUUAAAAUUAAAAUUUUUGGGGACGUUCCAAACAAACAAAAAACUUUUCACUUUAUAGGAUUAGACGUUGGAAUUGUUUAUUUUUAAAUUCAAAUUUUACAUUCAACCAAUAGUUGUCCAGAAUCGGAGCUCCUCAUAAUCUUAUUCGUCAAUUCCAUUCGGCCAAUGAACAAUCACGGAUCAAGCAUUUCGUCUGCCAAUCGCAGACGUCCAAAUAUAUUUAUUCAAAAAACAAACAAACAAACAAAUUUCUGUAUGUUUAUACCGAUCCGAUCUUUUCUAAUGUUAAUGGUCAGUUUUCAUUCAUAUUUUUAUCGCGAUUAUCAUCGAACGUUUCAAAAAAAAAAAAAAAAACAAUUCAAAAAGUCUAUAUUGGAAGAGAUUUUCAGUCAAACAAAACGAGAUUUUCCACGUGUAUUCUUACCGUUGGUCAAAUCUUAGUGUCUGUUUUUGGAAUUCAAACAGUUUUUCACUCUUUCUAUUCAUAUACAAAAGAAAGAAAAAAAAAUUUGGAAACGAAAU